AUGAACUUUUUGGUCAAGAAAAAUCCUGAUUAUGCAAGGUUUAGGAGUGUACUUGAUGCACAGAUGAAAUUUCUAACGAAAGAAGGCGUCGUCGGCAAAAGACGGGAAGCUCAGCCCAUUUUAGAAGACGAAGAAAAAGUUAUUUGGAAAAAGGGAGUAUUUGGAAAGAACUCUAAAACGUAUAACGGUGGCCUGAAACACCGCCGUAUUGAACCUAAAGUUAUAAAACACUACAACAAUCGGCAAAACAUAGUGGAUUACUAUGACCAAUAUUUGAAAUCCGUUGGAGAUGGAGCGUUUUAUAAGAGACCAAUUCAUUCCCAGAAGCCAGGAGAAGUGCGUUUUUCAAAUCAAGUUGUAGGCGUGAAUAAACUUAAAGGUUUUAUGAAAGAAAUAUGUCAGCUCGCGGGACUUGAAGGUGUUUACACUAAUCACUCUGGAAAAAAGACUUGCGCAACAAGUCUUUAUCAGAAGGAUGUACCCGAACAAGAAAUCAUGAAACGAACAGGCCAUCGAUCCGUGGCCGGUGUCCGACGUUAUAAUAAACCCAGUAAUGAAAUGUUGGUAGACAUUUCCAAUAAAUUAAAUCCGCCAGAAUGGAAAUCAACGGAACAGGUCAAAAACGAAACGUUGAAUAAACCAUCAACAGAAACGCUUCUACAUGACGCAACUCACGCAAGUGAUGACGAAUCCAAAAACAACCAAUCAACCGCUUUGAAACCCGGAAAUUUGUUCGGGGGAGGACAACAUGUUUAUAAUAACUGUAUUUUUAAGUUUUGA